UGUAAAAAUAAUUUCUUAAAAGCAAUACAAUGUUGAAGCUCAGCUUUUAUAUGGUUGCUUGUGUCUUGCUUUCUCCGUACUCUGUGUUCGGCCAAGUCUUUAUAAGUGGACCAUGUCCAAGGCCGCAAUCCCUAGUACACAAUAUUCCUGCGUUCAGUGCCGAAGUCUAUUAUAAAGGCCUGUUUUCAGAAGCCCCCUUGACUUUAGAACCGGUUAAUUACCCUUGUGAACCCGCGGGCUUGUUUUUACAUUCGUCUUCUGACAAUGUCAUUGGAACGGAUAAUAGGAGUUAUUUCUUGAUCUUUAUGUGCGUUUAUGACCAACAAUUCAACCAUCACCUUGCACAUGCAAUGCUCUAUACGGUAGAUAUGAUAUCCAGUCCGGUCGUUCACGAAGCUGUUAAAAAUGACCUUUAUAGAAAUAAUCUAAAUCUCAACUAUUAUUACCCAAUGUGUGUAUAAUGAUUUUAUGUUGAUUUGUUACACUAUAUAUUACGUUUUAUCCUUCGCCUUCGUUAUUCAAUCGUUUUAAAGAUCUGCUCCCAUAUUGAUUAAUUAUGAUUUGAAAAGUGCACUAUCUGUUUCAGUAUUGUUCCCUAUUCGAUUUAAUAAAACAAACCAAAUAAUGAAAACA